UGACGUCAGGAGUUCAGCCUUCAUUCAUCGAGGGGCUGGUUUGAGGAGUGCUGGGAUUAUUUUCAACAUUGCCAUGUUUUAAUGCUGUCUUUCAGGUGAAAAACCUCGCUAUUAGUUCUUGCAGUGUCAACAGACUGAACCGGAUCAGCGUCAUGUCUGCGGAAGCUGAGGCAAGUUCUCCGGUAAGUUUAACUCGUACUGACCUGAUGGUUAGCAGCAUGCAUGAAGCACCUUCACAGAGCGCCAUUUCCGCAUUUGCUGUCAUUAGGAGCGUGAUGAUUGGUUCCUCUUUGCGUCAGUCACACAGUUUUGUUCUCCUAUUGGACGCGAAGCUGUCAGCGGUUUACACCGAGGAGCUAGAAAAGGCAAAUGAACAAGUUAAAAGCCUUACGGUGAAAUAACUUAGUUUAGACCUCCUAGUUGAUUCGGUGGCCAGUGUUUGUACGCCUCUUUGUCGAACUGUUAAGUGUGUGAGUGAAAAUAAGUAAAAACAUAACGCAGAGAUCAAUAAGUAAAAACAUAACGCAGAGAUCAAAUCAGAGGCUAUGUUUACGUUACCGUAUACUGUGCAGUCUAACUUCAUAACCACUGACGCUUUUCAUGUACCGCAUCUUUUUGCUCUCUCUUUAACGACAUUUGGCGAAAAACACACGGAUAUACUUAUGAUCUUUUCCCCUAUUAAAGAUCAUUUGAUUCCCCGGUUCGAGCCAAGUCUGACCCGCCCACCGAUCAUCAAUGCUUUUUUGGUGGAAAAUAGUGCGCAGUUUAACUGUAACGAUAUAUUCUAUGAAACGAUCCAACACAGAAAAAUACAAAAGUUCAUCAGGCUCAGCUCUGUUUGCUACUGUUACUGUCAGGCCGAAUGAAAGACUAAAGAAUUAUGGCAAUUGUUCUACUUUAAUAAACCUUAAUAAAACCUAAAGUGUCUUUUACCUGAAGUAAAGCAAAUAAACAUUAAAUGCUUAUAUUUUUAAUGCAGUUUUGACAUAGAUAUGGACAAUUAUGAUGUGGUGACGUGUCUCUGAAAGACAGUGGCCAAUAAUAAAUAACAGGGAAACGUAACAUCUAAGCAUACAGUUGUGGAUUCAGUUAAAUUAGGGGCAUAUAUCAGUCAUAAAUUGACUGAUAGUUUGAUAAAUAUUUAAUAAUUCACCCCGAUUAUAAUAUUAUAUAAGCGGCACAGUUACUAGAAGUGGGCUUGAAACGGAUGCUGACAAACUGCUCCCUAUUCUCCCUUACUUGUAUAAAAUGUGGUCUGAAUCUUGCCUGUAGAUAAAAGCGCUGAAAAAAUGUUUCAAUACUACUUAGAGAAACACUUAGUUACCUGCUACUUGGGAGGAUUGUUGAGGAAAGGCCUUACAAAGUAUGUCAGGGUGACAUUUAUUGAACAACUACAGAGGAAGUUGUUUCUGGUUUUAAAUCUAUAAGUGGCUUUACAGAGAGUGAGAUUGAACCCUUUUGUCUGGUUUCUCUUUAGUCCUCACAGGACGGGAAAGGAAAAGCCAGUCGUGUGAUCAGGAUGGGAACCCGUCAGAGCCAGGUACAGAAACACUUUUUUUUUUUAAAUCACCAGUCUAAUUUCUAAAUAUUUCACUUGUUUGAGGGUCUGCAUGUUUGGCGUUUAUAUAUUAGUGAUUGAUUCAGACUCAAGCUUCAAUCGGUGAGAACAACAUAUUCUUUUUGUGCCCAUUAACUUAUUUUCUCUGACUCUGUGGAGUUUUUAAUCAUGUUUGAAACCAUCAAUAUGAUCCAGCUAAAGUAAAGCUCUUCUGUUUUAUCCUUUUGCAGUUGGCUCGCAUCCAGACAGACAGCGUGGCCGACAAGCUGAAAGAGCUGUACAGUGAUGUCCACCUGGAAAUAGGUAAGAAUCACACCUUUAUUUAUUCAGAUAAAUUAAUAUUUAUCAGAGAGGCCUUUACUUCCUGUCAGAGGAUCCUGUUCAGGUGUUUAAGCUUCAUCGUUAUUUUCUUUGACUCAAUUUCAAGAUUUCUUUUUAGAUUCUAAACCAGAUAUAUACUGUCACCUGUCUGUUCACGUUUGUGUCUUCUCUCUUUUAGUUGGCAUGACGACGACUGGAGACAAAAUCCUGGACAAAGCUUUAUCAAAGGUGACAAUAACAGGAAGACUUAAAAUAAUAUGUGACAUGAGCAACAUUAGACAGUUUUAUGCUUAAUGGUAACAAAAGAGGGUAAAAGUUUGUAUGUCUGUUCCAGAUCGGGCAGAAGAGUUUGUUCACUAAAGAGUUGGAGAACGCUCUGGAGAGGAACGAGUGAGUGUGAACAGAGUCAGCUGUGUCUGACAGCACACAGGCUUCACAACACUGUGAACCAUCAAACUGAAACAACAGUCUGAACACAGCAGUCACCAUGGCAACAUAAAACAGCAGCAGGAUGAAGUUCACACUUAUUUAUCUGUUAUGUUUGUGUACGACUCAACCAUUCCUCUGCGUUCACAGUCCCAGGUCUUUUUAAGGCUUUAUUUAUGGGCUGUGUUCUGGUUUUGAGAUUAUUAGUCUGAAAAGUUUUGACCGAUCACAUAUGAGCAUGCUGUAGUGUUUGAAAAACAGUCAGCAUGGAGAGCAAAAGCAGGAGGAACACACUCAACUGUACGAACUUUAGUACUAAGAAAAUGAAGCUCACCAUGUGCUCUAUAUAAUCAUUUCAGCCCAGGCAAUAAGUCUGCUUCACACUGCAUCCUGAGAGACAAUCAGCUCGUAGAUUAAGUAUUUUUCUUAAUUUCAUCAAAGUUAAUCAGUUGAACCUGCUCUGAACUUUCACUUUGUACAAAUCUGUGUCACAAGUUUGUUAUUGUGGAAAAUUUCAGUCCUUAAAUUUCAAGUAAAUUACCUUUAAAUGUGUUUCUUUAUGGUAAGCCAGACUGAAGCCUCUGAGUGACAUAUGAGUGACAGUGAAACUGCGACUCACUGAAACCAGAGGAACAGGUGCUGCUCCAGGACUGUAGUAAACUAAGACAUUUUAACUGGCCGCAGCAGGAUGCCUUAAAGUUAGUUAUUAUUCUCAGACACAGAUAAAGAUAACAUGAGCUCAUCACCCUAAAAAAGUUAAACUGUGUUACCUUGAAAAUCUGGCCUCUGUAGCUUCUUCCUCAUUACAAGUUACUUUCCUUCACUUGAGAGUUUAUUGUUGGUGUUAAAUAGAUUUUAAAGUGGUCAUUCAAAGUCCAAAUCGGAAGACCACUGAAGAUAUCCUGCUAUCCAGAGGGAAGCACUCUGAGUGGUUCCUCAGGUGUAUUAUGUGUUCCUGGUCUGAAGUGACCUCUAACCGUGUUCUCGUGUCCUUCAGAGUCGACCUGGUCGUUCACUCCCUCAAAGACCUCCCCACCACUCUGCCUCCAGGAUUCACCAUUGGCGCUGUGCUGAAGUAAGUCUCACAUGUGUAGAGUUCAUUGGUGGAGCUCCAAUCACAUGUUUGUUCUGUAGGUGUCUUCAGUUUUUAUUCUUGAGGGUUUUUUUUGCACAUCUGUAACCUCUGAGGGUUUUUUGUUUCCUGCUGCCUGUAGGAGAGAAAACCCCCAUGAUGCAGUGGUGCUUCACCCGAAACAUAAAGGGAAAACUCUGGAGACUCUGCCAGAAAACAGGUUCAGUCAAACAGACCCUUCAGCCCGUUGUGUUUUUGUUUUCCUCUCACCUCGUUGUUGUGGAGAAAUAACUUGACUCCGUCCUGUGUGUUGAUGCAGUGUGAUCGGCACCAGCUCGCUGCGCCGCGCCGCUCAGCUGAAGAAGAGAUUCCCUCACCUGGACUUCAAAGACAUCGUAUCCUUUCAAAGCCUUUCAGUGAAAUGAGGAGAUUUUUCAGACAAACUGAUUAUUUAGCUUUCAGAGGAGAGCGCUCACUUCUCAGGAGGAAUAUUUGUCUGUCAGAUGUUUUUCCUGAGCUGUAGUUUUUUUAGCGUGGGAAUCUGAACACACGUCUGAGGAAGCUGGAUGAGAAGGACGACUUUGCUGCUAUCAUCCUGGCUGCUGCAGGCCUCAAAAGGAUGGGCUGGGAAAACCGGAUCAGUCAGGUACCAACAGUUCUUUAUGAUCUGAAGUCAUCUGUGUGAGGGAGACAUGUCUCAUCUGACAGUCUGAUCUUUUCCUCUGCUAGAUCCUGGAUCCUGAAGACUGCAUGUACGCUGUUGGACAGGUACGAACGAGGGUCUGAGAUACAGACUCACACAUCCCUGUGAGCUCUAACUAGGAUCCCAGCUUUGACUUUGGUAGAAAACAGGGUGAAAUCAGACAUAGUUCUGACAGUGUUUCUACUGCAGUUAGUGAAAGACCCUGAAGGGAGAAGGUUGUUGGACUCAAAUCCAGCGCCAGCCUUUAGUUUACCUUCACAGGUGGAAGUAAUGCACUUCAACUCUCAUUUGUUUGGCUUCAAAACUCCACUUUGAAACCUGCUGGGUGUUUGAUACAGUCUAACAUCUGAAGAGAUAUUUUGUUAAGGACUGUGUUAAGAUACAAAAAAAAAAGGAAUUUUUGAACCAGUUUCAUUGUUUUCGACAGAAAAAUAAGUGUGAGCGUUUUUUACCUGAAUCCCAUGUCUGUCUGUUGUAUCCCACAUACUGUUCAUUUAUAUAUAUAUAUAUAAAUAUAAAGGUGUGUUUGUGUGUCUGUUGUCAGGGGGCUCUUGCUAUAGAGGUCCGGGCCAGAGAUGAAGACAUCCUGGAGAUGGUGUCAGUCCUCCAUGACCCUGACACAGUUCUGCGCUGCAUCGCUGAGAGAGCCUUCCUCAGACACCUGGUACACACACGCACACACGCACACACGCACACACGGACACACACACACACACACACACACACACACACACACACGCAAGUUCACACGUUCUUUGACUGGUUUGAAGAGUGUAUGAAUUUGGAGAUGACUGUGGGUUUGGUGAAUCUGUGUUUGUAGGAGGGAGGCUGUAGUGUUCCUGUGGCUGUUCACACUCAGGUGAAGGACUCUCAGGUGAGAACGCUCCACAAACACCAGAGUCUGUGAGGUCAACGUUUCCCCGCCAAAAUAAAACACCAAGAUAAUAUUGAUAGUAUAGCUUCAGCAUAUCCUUGCUUGUGAUUUUUCCCCUUAAACUCCGCCUGUUUGAUGAAUUCCUGCAGCUCUAUCUGACGGGGGCCGUGUACAGUCUGGACGGAUCAGACAGUCUGAAGGAAACCAUGCAGACGAGCAUCUCUGCUGCAGCUCAGAAGGUAACAGCUCAGAGCUCAGAUGUGAUUGUUGUAAACUCUUUAAACAAACUUAAAAUGGAUCAUGUGUCCAAAAAGAGCCCAGAAGGAGUGGACGAGCUGCUCCAGCGAGUGGGAGUCACAGCCAGCAAGAUCUCUGGUGAAGCCCAGGACCGGGCUGAGCGGCUGGGGAUCGACCUGGCCGACUUACUCCUGAGCAAAGGAGCCAAGGAGAUCCUGACGGUGGCCAGACAGCUCAAUGACGCCAGAUAAUCCUGACGGGGUGAGGGGCGGGUCUCCACGGCCUUGUAUGGAGUAGAUGCUUGAGUUUACUUUUCAUGUUAGAACAAGAACUUCUUAUUAUUUGAGCUCCAGAAGAUACAUUUUUGAGGACUUCAGUUUGUACCAAAGUUGUGCUCAGUUUGUUUGACUGCUGCUAAAACCACUGAGUCUGUAGCACUCCUGGUUUUGGUUCCUGCAAGUUCUUAAAGUCAGAACCUCAGAGAAGCUUCUCCUGAGCCGUGAAGCCUUAGUGGGAUCAUCAGAGAGAAACACCAAACUGCCUUCAAACAUGCUCACAGCUGUUGAAUAUCAUCACUGACUGAUAUCCUCACUGUUGAAUCUCUGUGUUGUUGUUUAUGUACUCUCAGUAUUUACAAUGAGAGCACUUUAAACUCUGCAUCCUUGAAUAUUUACUCGCUUUUACCGUUUACACUCAGCAGCUGCUUUCUCUGACGUGGUGCUGAGAUCAGAUCUCCAUGCCGAGCAGAGAAAGAGUGACACAUUAACAUAAAAAAUUCAUUCAGUGGCAAGAUUAGUGCAAAAUAUCAAACCUUUUUAUUCAUCAAUCAUUAACGACUUCUACCUCCUCACUUGCAGUAUUUUCUCAGCCCACCAGGGGGCCUCAGCUCUUACAGAUAAAUAGAUGAAGUCAGAGAUUUAAGAAGUGGAGUCCACCACAUGUAACAGAAAUUGACUGAAGAUUUCUUUAAACUUUAAGAGUGUUUUACAGCUGAACAGUCGCUCUCAUUUCACUCACUCUAAAUGUGAUUCAAGGUCAGUAUGAACUGAGUCUGUUUUCAAACAUUGAUGAUGCCCCCUGCUGGCUAAAAGGAAGAACAUGAGGUCUGUGUCCUCAAGACUGUCUGUGAUGUUUCCACAUAAUGAAAGAGGCUGACACAGUUACAAUAAACCAUAAAUAAAAGAUAUCAAAGUCAUAAAGAGGAGAGUUUACACUUUGAGGGAUGCAGUGUAGUUGGCACAUAUUGAAAACUAUCAAUUUUAGUGUUUAAGUUAUAAAAAAGCAGAAAACUAAAGAUGAUUAUUAAUAUUUGCUGUUAUAAAGAUAUGCUGUACUCCAUGUUCGAAACCAGGAGUGUUUUAAAAGCAAGGAUCCUCAAACCUGUUGCCUUUAGUGGGAAACAAAAUACUAAAUGUGUCUUCAGUGCAGCUGUUUGCCUUGAAGUUUCUCUCAAAAAGCCAUCUCAGAAAGUAUUAUUUCUCUUUGUCCAUCUAUGAAGAUCUACGAGUGCAGAUUUCUUUUGUCAAACAAUCACUAAAUUUCCAUCCAUGCUGCUCUCCAGUUUACCAUCUGAACACCCGUCAUGAUACUUUAUUUUAUUUCUUUCUUUUAUUCUGUACAAAUAAUGUUAACUUCCUUUCAACCUAGAAGUUAGGUAAUGUCAGCCAUGUUUGUUUUAAAGCUUUAAUGUUUAUUUGAAUGUGACUUUGUUUUGCUUCUUUAUGAGAACAUGGAGAUCAAGUUAAACCACUGAUGUUAAGAGACAAAUAUCAAUUAAGCUAUGGAGUCAUGUCUGGUUUUGAGACUUAUUUUAUGAAACAAACUGUCAGAGGAAUUGUUGAAAGAAACCUCUGGGUUCUGGAUUGAAAAAUAAACUAACAAACUUUUUUAAAUGUGCAA